UUCAUCGCAACCAAGCCGCACACACACACACACACCAAGAGGCAUCCAUUCGGAGCAGCCGGUCUUCUCGCUGUCGCGAAACCGCAAUUAACCUCCAGCUCGCUACGCUCCGCAUCGCUUAAGUUAAGUGUGAUCGGAUAAUAUAAUCGUUUAUCCUCGACAUGGUUGGGAGCAGCCCCAUGCAGGCGAUGCUGACGGCGCCCGGGGUGAAGGACCGGAAGGUGCUGGCGUUCAAGCGGGACGCGCUCAAGGACAAGGACGCCGUGUCGGGCCUCCUGCGCUCCAUCGCCGCCCGCGACGCCGUGCGCAGCGCCUUCUACGUCUUCGACCUCGCCAGGGUCGUCGACCUGCACAGGGGCUGGCGCCGCGCGCUCGCCGGCGUGCGGCCCUGCUACGCCGUCAAGUGCAACCCGGAGCCUGCGCUGCUCGGCGCCCUGGCCGCGCUCGGCGCGGGCUUCGACUGCGCCAGCCGCAGGGAGAUCGAGGCCGUGCUCGCGCUGGGCGUCGAGCCCGGGAGCAUCGUGUACGCCAACCCGUGCAAGCCCGAGGCGCACCUCGAGUACGCGGCGUCCGUCGGCGUCAACCUCGCCACCUACGACUCCGAGGAGGAGGUGGCCAAGGUCAAGCGCUGCCACCCGGGCUGCGAGCUCAUCCUCCGCAUCAAGGGCCCCGACGGCGGCGACGUCAGGGUCGACCUGGGCACCAAGUACGGCGCGCACCCGGAGGAGGUCGUGCCGCUCCUGCGCGCCGCCCAGCGCGCGGGGCUCAACGUGGCCGGCGUCUCCUUCCACGUCGGGAGCGGCGCGUCCAACACGGACGUGUACCGCGGCGCCAUCGAGGCGGCCCGCGGGGUGUUCGACGCGGCCGCCGCGCUCGGCAUGCCGCCCAUGCGCGUGCUCGACAUCGGGGGCGGCUUCAUGGCCGGCCCGGCCUUCGAGGAGGCGGCGGCGGUCAUCAACGGCGCGCUCGAGAAGUACUUCGGCGAGCUUCCCUGCGUGGAGGUGAUCGGCGAGCCCGGCCGGUACUUCGCCGAGACGGCAUUCACGAUGGCGGCGCGCGUCAUCGGGAAGCGCACGCGCGGCGAGGUGCGCGAGUACUGGAUCGACGACGGCCUCUACGGCACCCUCAGCUGCAUCCCCAUGGAUCACUACGUGCCGCGGCCGAGGCCGCUCGCUGCGUCGCGGCCCGGCGAGAAGACGUUCACCUCGACGGUGUUCGGGCCGACGUGCGACUCCCUGGACACGGUGGUGACCGGGUACCAGCUGCCGGAGAUGAGCGUGGGCGACUGGCUCGUGUUCGACGACAUGGGCGCCUACACCACCGCGUCCGGCUCAAACUUUAACGGCUUCUCCACGUCCGACAUAAACAUAUACUUGGCUUACUCCAGCUAGGGAACCGAAGAACCACCCACAUCCAAGCAUGGGCACUUAAACACCUUUUUUUGAUUGGUUUUAUCUACGUACGGAAAACAGUUGUAAUUACGUACACAAAUGUAGGUGCUCUGUUGCUUUCGUUUAGCUGAUUUUCUAAUUUCUAUAUGUAUCAAAUGUGAAAUAAAUUAUUAUCGGCAAUUUAUAUUUU